CAACUUCAGAGAGUCUGGUUACAAGACUAUGCCGGGAUUCCUUUUGAAUGAAGUGGAGGUUAAAGGUGACAGGGACACAGCCAAUAGUACUGCUUCCUGUUUAAAUAGGAAUGCUUCAACUCCUCAGAGAGGUGUGGGCAGCAGAGGGAAUGAGCAUCUGCAAGAGGCCCACACAUUUCUGUAGUCUGGUGGAGUCAGACGCUGAAAGAUGAAGCCUGACAGGAGAUGACGUCACAUCGCAGGAACCUGGUUGUGCUUCUCAUUUUUCUGACUACCUCGCCUCUCCUCACCUCCCACUUUUUUGCUCGCGCUGCCUCCACUUCCCCUCCCAUCACCCGUCCACGGAUCAUAUACAUAAAUGACCUAGACGACCCUGACGAUCCCGACGAUGAAGAUGUGGAUGAUCCUCCGAUAGUGAAGGCCACUGCGAGAACUACGUUUCAGCAGAAACCACAGUUCUGCCCUUACAACCCCUGCUCAGAGGAUCAGGAGUCGUGCCCCAAACUUGCAGCUGAGACUGAGUGUCUCUGUCCUGGGAUCAGCGGGGCUGAUGUGGCUCCUAAUGCGCCCCGCGUCGAUGCGCUGGUGCCAGUCAGUGAGGGGGAACACAGAGGGAAGGUGCAGAUCAAGUGGUGCGCUCCAUCUUCUGUGGUGACUGGGUACAGGGUGGUGAUUGAGGGUAGGGAAAGAGAGGCCCAGGAGUUUGUGGCCAGUUCACGAAAGGGUUAUGUCGGAUCUUUGGAAGCUGGGACUAAGGUGUGCGUGGAGGCGCUGAACAAAGCAGGAUCCAGCAGCCCCUCAAAGUUCUCUUGUCAGCGGUACAGCCCUGAGAAAUCAGAUCACACACUGCUGGCUGGGAUCAUCGGCGGAGGAGUCGCCCUCCUAAUAAUUGUCAUAAUAGGAGCUGUGAUCCUCUGGAAGUAUAAACUGUGUCAGAAGGCAAAGGGAGACUCUGCUGAUGGACUAGGAAACCCUUCUUACAGCACAGAGGGAACGCUGUGAUCGAGACCAGUUCAACACAGACAAUCCAUCCUCGUCACACUGAAAGGGACCUCAGGACGCAAAGAGAGCAGUGACGGUGUAAUCAUAAACAAAAGCUUAAUAGUUCCAGGGUGUUGUAGGAUCGAUUAUAGAAUUAAAGAAGAAGUUGUUUACGAUCCUGUUUCAAGGAAUAUGCAAAGAUAUUGGGAGAAAGAGGGGUAGUGUUCCAGGAAUAACACCUACAAUGUUUGUUUGUUUGUUAGUUUGUGGUUAGAACUACAGGUUUAUUUGCUGGCAAAUUAAUCCUUGUAGGUUUACUAUUGUGUUUUUGUUUUUUGUUUUUUUUCCAUCAUGGUUGAAUUUAACUGUAAAUAUUAAUAUUUUUAGGAUAUACUGACUGAAACUUUGUGAUCAACUAAAACUUAUUUUAAUAAAAACUUUGUAAAAAAUG